AUUGAAAACUGAAGACUGAAGGUCAUCUGUGACCGCAAAUAUAUAGUCCUGCGAAUUGUCUUUUUAAUCUAUCUACUUUAGGGGAACGUUGUGGAAUUUCGAGUAAUUACCUAAAAUUUAUAAGUUUCAGGGAUUGCCAUAAAGUUGUGAGAAUUUUGGUAGUUUUCUUUAAAUUUUGGUGAAGAACUUCUAAGUUUUAUGAGAUUUUGAGUAAAUAUUGGUGUAAACCCGAAAUUUCCGCAAUUAUUUUGAGGAUUUCCGUAAAAUCUUUGUAAUGUAUAGAACAUGACCUGCAGCAAUUCACUUUUCAUAAAACUAUUGGCUUGAAUACUUCGGUUCAGAAUGUUUCUUUGCUAUCAGUGCUCUCUCUAUCCAAACACAUAAGAUUAGGAGGGACGGUAUUUUGUUUCAUUAGCUUGUUCUCAGUACCUAGUUAGAUACACCUGUUAUAACCAGAACCUCUUAAAUAGUUCCAGGCCUUCGUACAUUCUAAAGGAAUUGAAAAUCGAGGAAUGUCCAUCCAUUAACAAACAUUUCGACCUUAUCGUUUUUGUAGUGCGGACAUGUCUAUAAAGUGUCGUGCUAGAUCUUAUGUCGUUUAUGACUUUGCCGCUUCGCCCGUAGUAUGACUUCAUAAUCCAAUAUGACACUCGUAAAAAACUACAAGCAAAACGGUAGAAGAGUUCAUUUUUUCCAUAUUCAUAUUGUAAACUAGCUGAUGCAAUAUUUAUCUCUUUCAGACUGUCGAGUAACCGAAUUCUGCACAUAAACGCUUGUCCUCUACAUAUUGCGAUGUGGUAUUUUAAAACAUUCGGGCUCAAAUUUUUCACAGCAGCAUCCGUAUACUGUAGUGUACAUUCUCUUGGAUCUGAUUUGAAAAUUCAACACUGGAACUACAACUGGGAUAAGUCACAUGGUAUACACGAUAAUUCAAAAUUCGGGUUAAAACCAGAUACACUUAACGUAGUAAAACAUCUGCAAUCUUAUCAUAAAUUAAUUAUUUUUAUACGUCAUGGACAGUAUCAUUUGAAUAGAAAGAAGUCGGAGGAAAAGGUCCUCACCGAUAUUGGUUGGCGACAAGCAUAUGCUGCAGGUUGUCGACUUAGGGAAAUGGGAAUUAAAAUUGAUCGCAUUAUACACUCAGAUUUAAUCCGUGCUCGACAAACUACAGCUGCUGUUCUAAUUGGCUUACAAAAUAAUGUUGACGAUCUGUUUGAUUCACCAGAAAUUGUUCAACUUGUUAUACCGUAUUCAUCUGAGUUAGAUGAUCCUAAAUCAUACCCUGUUACACAAAAAUCUAACCAAAAAAAUUCAAUUUCAAAGUCUAAAUCAAAUUCUCCAGUGAAAAUGCCAAUGAUUGACAAUCCUUAUACACCUUAUGCGAGUGCCAUGUUCGAUUGUCAACUAUCACGUUAUCUUACUGAGGGUCCACCUCCUGUUGCUCCUGUUCCACCAACAUCAUCUACAAAAAAAUCUGAUAAUAUUCGUUCAACAGAAGGUAUUCGUAUCGAUGAAGGAUUUCAAAUACAUUUACAUUGUAAACCAAUUACAAAACAAGGUAUUAUUGCAUAUAAUGGUCCAUUGUAUUGUCCUAAUAAUUGUUGUUCUAUUUUAAAAAAUAAUUCUAUUAUAAAUAUAAUUCAAUGUGAUUGUCCAUGUCAUCGUAUGAUAGAAUAUAAACCAAUUGAAACAAUUGUAUUUAUUGGUCAUGCUAAUGUAUUUCGUUAUUGGAUUUGUAAAUUAUUACAAUUACCAAUUGAAGGAUGGUUACGUUUAAGUUUAGGACAUGGAAGUAUUAGUACAUUGUUAAUUACAAAUGAUGAAUUCAUAAUUCAUUCUAAAGAAGACAAUAAUAAUAAUAGUGAUGAUGAUGAUGAAGUGAAAUAUACAAAAAAAUUAAGAUAUGGUUCAAUAGUAACACUUAAUCGUCUUGGAGAUGUUGGUCAUUUACCACCGGAAUUAUUAACACAAUAAUAGUAUCUCUCUAUUUUUCUUUUCUAAUGAUAAAUAAUUACUUAAUGAAUUACGCCUGUUACUCCUUGUGAAAGAGCAUAGGCCGCUCAUCACCAGCAUUCUCCAUCCAACCCUGUACUGGACAAUUCUUUCCAGUUCUUUCCAGUUGUAAUUUCUAAUGAUAUAUAUUCAUUAUAAAUGGAUGAAUGUACAUAACAAUAAUGAAAAGAUUAUUUAUAUAUUAUUAUUAUUUGAUGUACAGUUCUGUAGAUUUCUAUUGUAAUUUAUGUAUGAAAUAUAUUGAUAAAGAUUGUAAUUUACUUUUUAUUCAUUGAAUUCAAUUAAUGAAAUGGUACUAUGUAUUAUGUAAAUGAUUCAUUAUUGUCGAUAUUUUGUCUAUUUAAACACAUAAACAUGGGUAC